GUUAUGUUGAUUUCGUGUCCCGUCCGUUUGACGACCGAGCCCCCUCCCUUUUCCUCCUCCCUGCCUGCCGCUGCGGCGGUGGCGGCAACGACUUGCCACUUGCGGCCUUGCGGGCGACGCCGAGGCGCGGAGGCGGUCCUCCUCGGCUCUCCCGGAGUGGGGGCGCGCGCAGCGCGGUUCGGCGGGAUGGGCACGCCGGAGUUCCCCGACCUGGGGAAGCACUGCAGCGUCGGCGACUGCAACCAGAUCGACUUCCUCCCCUUCACCUGCGACCGCUGCGACCAUGUCUUUUGCCUUCAACACCGAAGUUAUACAUCACACCAAUGCCCAAAUGCAAAUAUGAAAGAUGUCACUGUCCUCAUCUGCCCACUCUGUGCUAAAGGUGUUCGCCUCAAUCCAAGUGAAGACCCAAAUAUCACCUGGGAUACUCAUGUUAACACUGAUUGUGAUCCAUCAAAUUACCAAAAAGUGACGAAGAAAAAGAAAUGCCCUGUUCCUGGGUGCAGAGAGACACUAACAUUUUCCAACACCAUCAGAUGCAAAGAUUGCACCAAAGAACACUGCCUGAAACAUAGAUUUGGGCCUGAUCAUAAGUGCCCAGGACCAAGAAAAGUGGAUUCUGGCUUUCCCUUUGUAAGCAUGCUAAGGAGAAGUCAGAAAGCAGAGACACGCUCAAAUAGCAGUAACAACAAUGGUUCUUCAUGGUGGAGUUCCAGUCUUGUGAAUGCAGCAACGAAUUUCAAAUCGUCAGCCGAAGCUGGAAUGCAGAAGCUGAGCACUGUGACUAGCCAAGCCUUCCAGAAGGCUAAGGAUGGGAUGUCCCCAAAUAGCAGCAGCAGCAGUGGUGACCUUGUGGAGCAAUGUGUUCACUGCCCAGCAAGAUUUUCCACCGUGGGGGCCUUAAUUGAACAUGUUGAGAAAUCCCACCAGAUGAACUCACAACCAAGUCAUGGCCGAGUGACGAUUGAUGUUUGCCCAAAAUGCAGCAAGGGGUUCCGAGAUCCUGUGUUGCUUGUGGAGCAUGUUGAGAGGGAACAUGGAGGAACGUCAAGAGUGUAAAGCUUCGUGUGUACUCUAAACCUUUGUAAUUUGUGACUUUUCUUUUCCUUUUCCCAUUUCAUCAAUUUGAUUACACUCUACACUUUUGGGCUCAACAUUUGCCCACAGAACAAGUAUAGUACGUUGGAUUGAAGGCAAAGCGGCCAUUGUCCAUCGGUUCUCUUUCCAGAAACUAAAGUAUGGUUUGUUAAGAUAAUGUUAAUAUCUGUCCCAACUAGUGGAAAAAAAGGCAGCAGCUGUUGUUGGUC